CCACUGGGAGCAGAAGUGGGGCACCAGGGAUCAUGCUGGGAUAUACUGGGACCACACUGAGGGCUACUGGGAGCAACUGUGAGCAUGCAGGGCACAAUUAAGAUGUACUGGGAGACCCUGGGAAUGGUGGUAAUCAUCCUGGGACUAACUGGAAUCAUACUGAGAGUGAUCAGAUCUGUAGUAGGGGUGAAUUAGAGAAACGGGAAUAAUGCAGGGGCAACUGGGAUCAUACUGGGAGCAGCUGGCCCAUGCUGGUGUCAUACUGGGAUCAUACUGGGAUUGACUGGGUUAAACUUGGAGUGACUGGCAUAGUACUGGGAGUGUCUGGCAGCUACUGGGAUCAUACUGGAGAGGACUGGCAUCAAACCAGACUCAUACUGGGAAUGUUUGGGACUUAUUGGGAUUGUACUGGAGGUGACUGGACUGAUACUGGGAGCAACUGGGACCACAGCAGGGGCAAAUGGCAUCGUGUAAAGUGUGACUGGGUUCAUACUGGACUCUUACAGAGAGGGACUGAGAGGGAAGGAACCACACAGGGGAUGACUGGGAGCCACUGGCACCAUGUCGGGGGCAGCUGGAACCUACUGGGAGUGAUUUGGACCAUACUGGGAGUGACCGGGAUCACGCAGGGGGUGACCGGGAACCACCGGGGAGGCGGCCCCGGCGCAGGUGGGAGCCGCGCUGGGUUGUGCGGGGGCUCGGGGCUGGCUGCGGGCCUCGGGGGCGGCAGGGGGCUCGAGCGGGUGGGUUGUGCCGUGGCCGGCCCGUGUUGGCCCUGGGCUGAGGGCGCUGCGGGAGCGGCUGCCCGCGGACUCCUUGCCGCCGCUGCCUCGGCAGGAGCCGCUGCCGGAGCAGCGCUGGCUCGGCCCGCUCGCUGUGGCUGGGACAGAGGGGGCUGUUCCGUCCCCGGAGGCUGCGCUGGGGUCGCCUCCCAGCUCCGCCGCCGCCUCACCGGGCUCCGGCCGCUGCCGCCGCCCCCGAGUCCGCACACGCGUUCCGGUAAUGGCGGCUCUGAGGAGAGAGGGGCGCCCUGGGGGUGGCACCGGGGCCGUGCUCAGCCCCGCUCUGACCAAUCAGUGGCCAGAACGAGGAGUGACGGCAGAAUUAGCCAAUUAGAGCGAGAGGCGGGCUCUGCACACGGCACGGCCUGGCCUCCCUUUCCCCGAACUCCGGCAUUUCCCGGAACCCGCGGCUGAGGAGCGGCCCUGGCACUGGGCCCGGCCAGGGCAGGAGGCCAAGGAACCGCCGGGAGCUCGGCCUGACCGGGACCUGAGGGCGCUGGGAGCUGGGACACGAGAUUCCCAAUGGCUUCCUGAGAUGAACUUGGGCAAGGAGGAACUCCCAGUCCAAGGCGCUUUCAUCUUGUUUUUUUCUCCAAACCACAAUUUUUCAUUCUUACGCAUCGCUGGAUGGAGGAGGAGGAAAAGCCCUGGAGAUAUCGCACAAGGAGGGGCUGCAAAUCCAGCCCAGGGAGCUGCGGGGAGGAAAGAGCCCCCCUGAGCCAGGAAGGCGGCCAAAGAUCCCGCCAGAGCUCAGAGCUGGUGGAGAAGCCUCUUGGUGGGGAGAAGCCACACAAGUGCUUGGAAUGUGGGAAGGUCUUCAGCCGGCGCUUGAACCUGAUCCAGCACCAGGUGAUCCACACUGAGGAACGGCCCUACGAGUGUGAGGAAUGUGGGAAGAGCUUCAGAAGGAGCUCAUACCUGAUCCAGCACCAGGUGAUCCACAGUGGGAAACGGCCCUAUGACUGUGGGGAAUGUGGGAAGAGCUGCAGAGGCAGCUCUGACCUGAUCCGGCACCAGAGGAUCCAUACUGGGGAACGGCCCUACACAUGUGGGGAAUGUGGGAUGGGUUUCAUCCAGAGCUGCAGCCUGAAGAAGCACCAGAGGAUCCACACGGGGGAGAGGCCCUACCAGUGUGGGAAGUGUGGGAAGAGCUUCAGCCAGUGCAAUACCCUGAUUCAGCACCAGGUGAUCCACACAGGGGAACGGCCCUACACCUGCCUGGAAUGUGGGAGGAGCUUUGGGUGGAUCUCUGCCCUGAGAAAACAUCACCAGCGCAUCCACACUGGGGAGAAACCCUACAAGUGUCCUGAGUGUGGGAAGAGGUUUCAGAUCAGCUCUGAUCUCCUUGUACAUGAACGGAUUCACACAGAGGAGAGGCCCUUCUGCUGCCCCGACUGCGGGAAGGGCUUCCAUGUAAACUCCCGCCUCACCACCCACCGGCGCAUCCACACUGGGGAGAGGCCCUACAAGUGUGGGGAGUGUGGGGAGAGCUUCUCACAGAGCUCAACCUUGACCAAACACCAACGGAGGCGCCACUAAGGGAAGCCCUGUGAGUGCCCUGAGUACUGGAAGAGCUUCAUGUGCUGCUCCAGCUCCAUCCCCCAUGGGAGGGGAGGAUCGGCAUUGGAUGGUCUCCAGUGACCCCGUUGGGCAGAUCCCUGAUGACCCCUUACUGGAAAUUGAAGAGAGAGUAAAACAGUGGAGCUGAUUGAGAAACUGUGGGAGACACAGACACACAUAAAGUCUCCUUUGGCAAGAAGUGACCAAGAAACAUGUUGUGAGACUGUGUGAUAAGAUAAUGUUACCAGGUGAUGUGAUGUCAUGAACAAUAUGCAACCAAUGGGAAAUUGUUACCAAAAGUAGAGCCCUAUAUAAGCACCAUAUGAAGUAAAACCCUCUGUACAGGCCUGGUAUACUCAAUAAAAUUGGCUUCUGAUGUAAA